AUGGCGGUCAAAGAUCGUCGUCGUGCUGUUGUUCGCCAUAAGUAUUGCUUAAAUUGUUUGGCCCGUUCGCAUAAAACAGCGCAGUGCACAUCAACUAAUUUAUGCCAACGUUGCGAAAGGGGACACCACACCCUACUCCAUGAACCAAUUCAACAAAGACUACAACCAGAACGAUGCCGAGCUGACAGAAGAAGAGUUCUAAAAAACAAAUGCCAACGUCCAACUACACAAUUGCGUCCAGCCGAGAGAGGUGGUCAUAACUCAGCAAAUUCUAGACUACGUUAUGGUAAUAACAGUAAUUCAGAAAAAUCUCAACGGUGCCUGGAGAAAGCUUUUCAAUUGCAUCGACCUUCACGUAAUGUACCACAAAUUUAUUACACUCAACAGGGGCCACCAGGACCCCCUGGUCCACCUGGACUACCAGGACCUAUGGGUAAUAAGGGACCCAGGGGACCAACAGGUGAUAUAGGACCAGCUGGUGUUAUGGGACCUCAAGGAGCUCCAGGCAUUGAUGGUCGUGAUGGCCCAAAUGGCAUGCAAGGACCUCCGGGGUUGAGAGGACGUCGCGGUUUUCCUGGUGCCCGUGGACCGCCGGGACAAUCAGGACCCCCAGGUUUUAUGGGUCCUCCUGGUCCACCAGGACCACCGGGGACUUCAGCACGACAUAUGUUGUCUUAUAUAGAGGCUGAAGAUCAAUAUGAUGAUGAAUACUAA